AUGGCUUCAGGCACGGAAACAGUGGAUAUCGUGAUCCAGUCGCUGAUCAAUGCCGGCGUCAAGUACGUCUUUGGUGUUCCUGGGGCAAAGAUUGACUCCGUGUUCAACGCCCUCGUCGACCAGCCCGAGAUUAAGCUCAUCGUCUGCCGCCACGAGCAGAAUGCAGCUUUUAUCGCCGGCGCCAUUGGCAAAAUCACGGGAAAGCCAGGAGUAUGCAUCGCCACCUCGGGCCCCGGCACGAGCAACUUGGUCACGGGCUUGGUGACGGCCAACGACGAGGGAGCACCUGUUGUCGCCAUCGUGGGCAGCGUCAAGCGGGUUCAGGCUGCUAAGCGCACGCACCAGAGCCUUCAAGCCGUUGCCCUGCUCAGGCCAGUCACCAAGAAGGUCACCGCCGCGGUGGUGGAAGACCAAGUAUCAGAGAUCAUGCUGGAUGCAUUCCGGGUUGCCUCGGCGAGCCCACAGGGAGCUACGGUUGUGAGCUUGCCUAUCGACGUUAUGACGGCGGGCCACAAGUCUUCGAUCCCGGCUGCCCCUCCUCACGCAUUCGAUCCUCCUGAUUACGGGCCGUCGUCCCAGAAAUCCCUCGCCGAAGCUGUCAAGCUCAUCGAGGCGGCCAAAUUCCCUGUCCUGUUUCUUGGGAUGCGAGCUGCAGACCCCAAGGUGAUAGCGGCCGUACAUGGAUUCCUGCGCAAGCACCCGAUCCCUGUUGUGGAGACGUUCCAAGCUGCAGGAGCUAUAUCUCAGGAGUUGGUCCAUCUCUUCUACGGCCGCGUUGGCUUGUUCCGCAACCAACCAGGAGACAAGAUGAUGUCCCACUCGGACCUGGUCAUCACCGUUGGCUACGACCAGGCUGAGUACGACGCCGAUGGAUGGAACAGCUCGGGGAGGCUGCCCAUUAUACAUAUGGACACAGCUCAGGCAGCCAUGAGCCUCUCUUACAGCCCCAAGCUGGAGCUGAUAGGGUCAAUGACGGACAACAUCACCGCACUAACGGACAGCCUCACGAAAGUAGCCCGCCCACAGGAGACGGAAACAGGCAAAUCCAUAUACGAGACCUUCCACGAGUGGGAAAAGAGCAAAAAAGCCCUGGGGAGCAUCAACAAGACCGGCCCUGUGCAUCCGCUUCACUUCAUCCGGCUGCUGCAGGGCAUGAUCUCCCCGCAGACGACCGUCAUCUCCGACGUCGGGUCGCACUACAUCUGGCUUAGCAGAUUCUUUUACUCAUACAACCCCAAGACCUUCCUUGUCUCAAACGCCCAGCAAACGUUGGGAGUUGCCCUACCAUGGGCCAUCGGCGCAUCGCUUGUCCACGGUCCGUCGCAGAAGGUCGUCAGCGUCUCGGGCGACGGCGGCUUCCUGUACAGUGGGCAAGAGCUGGUCACGGCUGUGCAGCAGGGCUGCAAUAUCACGCAUUUUAUCUGGAAUGAUGGAAAGUACAACAUGGUCGAGUUCCAAGAGGUCGAUAAAUACGGCCGUAGCGCGGGCGUUGAUCUCGGCGGUGUGGAUUUCGUCAAGUAUGCGGAGGCAUUUGGCGCAAAGGGGUUAAGAGCGACGAGCUCGACGGAACUCGAAGCGGUCAUGAAGGAGGCACUGGCUUACGAGGGUGUCUGUGUCGUGGAUGUGGUGAUUGACUAUACGGAUAAUCAUGACUUGAUGAGCCAUGUUAUCCCGGACACAAUCUCGUAA